AUGAUUAAGAAGGAGAAGAAUACCAAGCUUGUUCCUAUUACGGAAUCUACAUCAUGGCGAAUUCUCAAGUUUAAGAGACCUCCUACAGUGGAGCCAGAGUCUUCUUCUGCGGCUGAAUCUCAUAAACGAGCUCAUUCAGAGACUGAUGCUCUUCUUCAACCCUCAACUCCGAAGAAGGGCAAGAAGAAGAAUAUACCCACUCAGGAAGAGGAGCAGGAGGAGGAGAAGAAGGAAGAGCAAGGAGAGAAGAAGAAGAAGAAGAAGAGUAACAAUAAGACUCAUGACUACUUCCAUAGCCCGCCAGUGCUACGUCAAAAGAAGAAGACGAAGAAUACAACUUGA